UAGCUUUACCACCCUCAGCCUUUAUAAACGUUUUACCAAACCCAAGGUAGAACUUUGGAAGCAGUCUGAGAGUACCGAUAUUUAAACCCGUUGCCAUGGCAACUUGUCCGCGAUUGGCCACCGCGGCGUUAGUACAAGAAAAACGUCAUCAAAUCUGAAUACGGAUGCGAGAGGCUCCCGCGAACUGGAACAGAGUGAUGCAAAAAGUGUCGGUGAGGUGAGUGGACACACGCAGGUGGAUCAACAGCACAAAACCAAACCAGGAGGAAAACUUGGAGAAGCUUUUUUGUUAGCAAACUCUCUGCAACGAAUAGAUCUAUUUUCUGAUUCCGUGGAUUUCUGGAUGCCGACAGGUAUAAUGCAUAACAAUCACGUCCGGAGUGUUUACCUCUAGGCGUGGUGGAGACACGUUCUCAAGACGGAACAUUUGCUCUGCUGUUGCCUCCCUCUUCAAGAAGCCAAGACGUUGCUCCGCACCGAUUCGUGUGGCCCCAAUCCGAGGCGCGGUGCCCGUUUGGGAAGGUCGGCUCUCGGUCCCCUCCAGGGCGGAAUGAUGGUGCACUGCGCGGGGUGUGAGAGGCCCAUUCUCGAUCGGUUCCUCUUGAACGUUCUGGACCGCGCAUGGCACGCCAAGUGUGUCCAGUGCUGCGAGUGUAACUGCAACCUGACCGAAAAAUGUUUCUCCAGGGAUGGAAAGCUCUAUUGCAAAAUUGACUUUUUCAGGCGUUUUGGUACGAAAUGCGCAGGCUGCUUGCAGGGCAUUUCGCCCAGCGACCUCGUGAGAAGAGCGCGCAGCAAAGUGUUCCACCUGAACUGUUUCACGUGCAUGGUGUGCAACAAACAGCUGUCCACGGGCGAGGAGCUCUACGUCAUCGACGAAAACAAAUUUGUGUGUAAAGAGGACUACACAAGCGCGAGCGCUAUCAAAGAGGUCAAUUUAAACUCAGUGUCAUCAUGUACGGACCGGAGUUUAUCGCCCGAUCUUCCGGACACGAUCCAGGACGACACGAAGGAGACGGACAAUUCCACAUCCUCAGAUAAGGACACUAACAACAACGAGAACGAAGAGCAAAACUCGUGCACGAAGCGGCGGGGCCCACGCACCACCAUCAAGGCCAAACAGCUCGAGACUCUGAAAGCCGCGUUCGUGGCGACGCCGAAGCCCACGCGACACAUCCGCGAGCAGCUCGCGCAGGAGACAGGCCUCAACAUGCGAGUCAUACAGGUGUGGUUUCAAAAUCGGCGGUCUAAAGAACGCAGAAUGAAGCAGCUCAGCGCUCUCGGUGCUCGACGACACGCUUUCUUCAGGGGACCACGCAGAAUGAGGCCACUCGGAGGAAGACUAGAGGACCCUGACAUAAUGGGCCCCGGAGGAUACAGCUACUAUGGAGAAUACCAAGGCGACUACUACGGGCCAGUGGUCAACUACGAUUUCUUCCCUCACGGACCCCCUUCCUCACAGGCACAGUCUCCAGCAGAGUCCCCUUACCUCCUCAGCUCGGGUUCAGGAGCCCUGGAGGGCGGCCCGGUCUCUGCUCACCACCCCUCAGACGACCAAAGGUUCACGGACAUGAUCUCCCACACAGAUACCCCCAGUCCCGAGCCAGGCAUGACCGGACCUCUCCAUCCCAAUCCACAGGGGGAGGGUGGCUUCACAGGGGGUCCGAGUCCACCCUUCCCCCUUGCCAACAACACCAGUUACAGCGGCCCCAUGUCCCAUCCUGGUCAAGAGAUGGGGGAGAACACUGUUUGGUAGGACAGAGAGAUAGGAAAGACUCUGAUCUAUGGACACAAGAGGGAAUUCCACCCUAACUGGUCUGCCUUAGUGCUAUAGGUUACUGAGGGAGGGUUUAUCGGCUGGUCAUGGACCAGAACAAACCAAUACUUGGACCUGAAAGGUGGAAAGACAUCGUGCAAAUGACCCUCUCUUGCAGUUUAGUUUCUACUGUCAAAGGAUGUGUAUGGUCAGUGGUCAUCUUGACCAAUCACAUUGGUUUGAUUCCGUUGAUAUGGUUUCCUUUGUUCAAUAUUACGAUUGCGACAAUAGCGCAGAUGUUCGUCCAAGGGGUUUUCUACUGCUUUGACUUACUGAUUAGUAAAAGCUGUCAAACUGCAUUUGAUGGUCAGAAGCGAGCUAGUACUUAAAGGUAACACCAUUUUCAUCCUUUCGUUGGCUUUAGUUUCUUCCUUUUCUGAGAUACUGAGGCUCAAUUUGUUCAAAUUUAAAAAAAAAAAAAAUUGUUUUCUUUUCUGUCUUAAAACUGGUCCAUUUGUAACAUAUUUGGUUCAUUCAUUAACUGCUGAACUGGUUCAUUAAACAUUUCGAUGAACACUCAGUUAUACCUGUGUUCUGAUGAAUCUAUGCCUGUCAAAACACACUUCGUGCUAAUCAAAUAUCUUAUACGUAAUUUGACUUUCAGGUUCACUGAAUCAAAAAUUAUAACAUGUUUCAGAGGGGAAAAGUUAUUUUUAGUUGAAGUUGAACUGUUACCCCUCAAAUUGACCCAAGAGUUACAAUUUGCAAUCCAACAACUGACCUUAAAUAACCAACAAGCUAAUUGCAUUUUCUCAUUUUAGUGUCCAAGAUAUCAUUAAGUUCUACACAGAAAAGUUGCUGUAAAUCUCUAAAGCUACCAGGGUUAAAAUGACCCUUAAACAGCAAAGCAGGGUUAACUAAACUAUAAGAUGUAAAUGAUUUUGGGUUUGAAAACACCUUGGGACAAUAACGCUUAGCAUUGAGUACAUCCUGAAGCUGGAUAUACAUACACUUUUGGUUGUUUCAGUAAGUAGUUUUCAGUAAUAGCCUAGUUUUUUAACAAUUUAACAAUUCAAAUUUUUAAAUGAAUUAAAGUUCCAUGACAUCACCAUUAGCCAUCAACACAAAAGUUGCCACUUCACAAGACGACAAAAUCAGUAACAACUAUGGAUUUUUUGUUUUAUCUCUUCAGCAUUCACACUUAAAAACAAACAUAUGCACCUGCAACACAUGGAGACAUCUGCCUUACCCAAAUCGCUUCCCAUCCCCCGUCUUAUACAGAGGCCUUUGCCCACACAGUGAUCUGUCAUUGAGAAGCUCACAGAAACGCCUGACGAGCCUGUGUGUUGUUCAACUUCAUUUAACCUUCGCUUUAGUACCUUGCUUUGAAAAAAAAUGUUUUAAUGGAAAUGAUUUUCAAAAGAACAUUGAAGCCAUAAUGAAGAAUCUCCUUUAACAGCUGAGGUCUCUCUUCUCAAUGGGGGGAAAACAAAAGGACGGGACAGGCAACAUCUGUGAUUUACCACUGCACUCUGAACAGCCUCCAGACUGAAAGCAAGCGCCAUCUGAUGGGCUUGUGAAGAAAAACAAUCGUCUAGACAAAUGUCACCUGGACACAAGGGGCAUAAUAAUUUUGUAAGAAUUUAAUGAACUAGUUUUGACACUGUAGAAUUUAGAAACUGGCAAUACAGUAUUUAGGUUUAAAGGAUUCAAGGUAUUCAAAAGGGAGUAUAUAAAUUGGGGUACAUUUAAUUUAAUUUCUUAAGACAUCCCAUUGUUUGCUAACUGUUAAACCAAAAGUUUUUAAAUCAAAUGUUAAAAUUUAGCUAAACCAAACAAACAAAGUACGGGUUCAUUGAAUCUGUUUUUAACUGUUAAUACAAAUGAUUUAAAAU